AGGAGGAGGAGGAGGUCAGUUAGUUUUAAGAGGAAGUUUCUCCUUUAGUCAGACUCAGUUUGGCUUCAGUCAGAGAGAGAGAGAGAGAGUAAGAUGAGGCUCUAUUCACUGCUCCUGGCGCUCGCCCUCACUGGCUGCUCUGCCACAGAAUCUCCCAGGCCCACAGCGAUCCACUUAAACUCAGCUAUCCAACCAAACCAGACAGAAGUGGUUCUGAAUGCUGGCUCUAAGAUUAAACUUAGUUGUCAUGGUGACGCGUUAGUGUACAUGUCUACCAAUGCAUUUAGUAAGUUGUCAUCAGAGAAGGACAUAAAAGCUGAUCCAAGACACACUGGCACAUACAAUUGUGGGUAUGCCAACCAAAGCCUGAGCCACCUGGACACCUGGAUACACUUGUAUGUCAAAGGUGGCACCUCUACUAUCUUUGUCACCCCUCGAAAGACUCCUACCACUCUGAAAGAGGAUGAUGACUUCCUGUUCAAAUGUCUUCUGACUGACCCUUCUGUCACAAACCUCACUUUCCAACCAGAAGACAGGAGGAGGGCUCUGCCCCCAGGUAUGAACGUCACCAUAGACCCUCGGAGAGGAGCUUUGAUCAAACACCUGAGGAUGUCCUUCAAGGGCCAGUAUGCCUGUUCAGGUUGGAGGGAUGGAAUAGAGUUCAGAUCCAAAACACUUCACCUGCUGGUUGCUCCCAGGCUGCGUCAUCCCCCCUCCCUGUUUGUUGGCCAACUUGAAGCUGCCCGUCUAGAAGGAGAGCUUUUUGCAGUCACCUGUCAGACUUGGAACCCUUCGCACUUCUACAAUGUCAGCUGGAAACAUCCACGCAUACAGAACCUGAAUUUCAGCGAAAGCAGGAAGUAUGACAAAGGCUACCUAUACAUCAACAGCACUCUAACCAUCUCCGCUGUCAGCCAGUCACACAGUGGACUGUACACCUGUACCGCUGUUAAUGUAGCAGGGGUUGCCAAAGCCUCCACUCACCUGACUGUGUUGGAGGACCCCUACCUAAGACUUUACAUGAGGCAUACGACUUUUGAUACCCUAAAGGUCUCUGGGGACCAAUUUGGAAACUUCAGCACAAGACUGGAGAGGACAACUGAAAAACCAGCUGACAACAGAAUAACUUCAGAUAAUCAGCUGGGAAACCUGGUUUUUAAUGUGACUGGUAUCAGCGACAGCAGCGCUAACAUCAGUGGCUGCAGGACAGUGGAGGUGUAUGAGGGGGAAGACUUGACCCUCACCUUAAUUAUAGAGGCCUAUCCUCCCAUCGGACAACAUCAUUGGACGACACCAGAACACAUAAUCAACGACGGCAGCAGCAUAUAUGAGACGAGCUACGUUACUAAAGGCUACAGGGCCGAGGCGAACCUUCUGCUGCGACGGGUACGUCAGGAGGAUGAAGGUCCAUAUUGUUUUCAUUUUUCGAACUUCUUCUUUAACGGGUCCCAGAAUGUGGAGCUGCGGAUCUACCGUUCUCCGACUGUUAGCAUCACUCUGCAGAAUGACUCCCUGAUAUGCAGCAGCUCUGGUUACCCACGCCCCACAGUCGUCUGGUUGAUCUGCACUGACAGAGACAGGUGUGACGACAGCUCAAGCUUUCAGGUGUUUCCAUCUUCCAUUGCCUCACAGGAAGGGGAGGAGGUGAAGAUACUCUUCCCACUGUCGGAUCACGAUGAUAUCACAGUCAUGUGUAAGGCGCACAACCUGGUGGGCAAGUCUCAUCAAGUUCAUCGUUCUACUGGACUUCACCCCAUGGUUACUCCUGCUACCAUUGGAGCACUGAGUGUCUCCUUCAUCCUCCUCCUGCUCCUAUUAGUUGUGCUUUACAAAUGCAGACAGAAACCAAAGUAUGAAAUCCUGUGGAAAAUUAUCGAGAGUAACGAUGGGAACAACUACACCUUUGUUGACCCCACCCAGCUGCCGUACAACCAGAAGUGGGAGUUUCCUCGAGAAAAACUGCGACUCGGCGCCGUUCUGGGCUCGGGGGCUUUUGGAAAGGUUGUCGAAGCUACAGCAUAUGGUCUGGGAGCAGAAAACAAAGCCACAAGAGUUGCUGUGAAGAUGCUGAAACCAAGUGCCCACUCGGAGGAACGGGAAGCUCUGAUGUCAGAGCUGAAGAUCCUCAGCCAUCUUGGGUACCAUGACAACAUCGUUAACCUGCUGGGAGCGUGCACACAAGGAGGUCCCAUGCUAAUGAUCACAGAGUACUGUAGCCAUGGAGACUUACUCAACUUCCUGCGAGCCCACGCUCAGAACUUUAUGGCUUCCAUGAUAACCAUAGAUGAGGUUGGAGAAGAGGUGUUCUAUAAAAACAUGACAGCACCGCAAGAGAAGCUGCGCAGUGACAGUGGGAUAUCAUGCUGGUCAGAGUACCAGGAGAUGCAGCCAGCCCUGAGUCCAGGUCCACAUGACCACAGUGAACACAUGCUGAGUCUGUCUAUCUGUGACCUGAUGAGGUUUUCCUACCAUGUGGCUCAGGGACUUGACUUCCUGUCCUCCAGAAAUUGUAUCCACAGAGAUGUAGCAGCGAGAAACGUCCUGCUGACCGAUGGUCAUAUUGCAAAAAUAUGCGACUUUGGAUUGGCUCGCGACAUUCGAAACGAUGACAGCUACGUUGUUCAGGGAAACGCCCGGCUGCCGGUAAAGUGGAUGGCUCCAGAGAGCAUCUUUGAGUGUCUCUACACAGUGCAGAGUGACGUCUGGUCCUAUGGAGUCCUGCUCUGGGAGAUCUUCUCUCUGGGUAAGAGCCCAUACCCCAAUGUUGUUGUGGAUGCCAACUUCUACAAGAGGAUCAAAGAUGGCCACCACAUGAAGCAACCAGAGUUUGCUCCCAAUGAAAUGUAUCACCUGAUGAAGCUCUGCUGGAGUUUGGAGCCCACCCACAGACCGACCUUUAAAACCAUUGGUCAGCUCAUCAAUAGGCUCCUCCCCUUGACCGGUGACACAUUACCAUAUCAGAGUGACGAGGUGACCUAUAAAAACAUUGAUGAAAGGGGACAAGAACAGGAGGUCCAAGGUAGAACAUUGAAGAGAAAAGAAGAAGAGCAAAGUCACCAUGACGACUGUGAAACUGUAGGGGAGAGGGAACCGACACUGAAGAACAUCUACCAGCUGUCCUGAUCAUUUCAUCUGAUUACCUAAAGCCCAAUGGGAUAUCAGUGAACUCACAUUGAUAAAUUAAUAUCAGUGUCAAUUUAUUAUAGCGCCAAUGUGCUUUAAAGUCAGUCAAAGCACAGAAAAGCUAUAAUGCAUAGAAGAAAUUAUCUGUUCCAACAAGAUCCCAGACUCUGCUGCAUCUAAAAGCCAAAGAAAGGAACGGAUUUAGAACUUAGAGAAGUGUCCCUUUUCAGAGGCUAUACCUUCAGGUUGAUGCCAUCAGAUUCAACAGGCUGGUUGAAUCUCUGAGUUAUUGGAAAGAAUGGCUGGCUGACAUAUUGGUCUAGAAAAACCGGCUUGGUAACAAGUUGAUUUUAAGUGACUGAAUUUUCAAAAACAGCUAAACUACAGCCUUAAGACACACUGAACAAAAAAGGUCUUCAGAGACCAGAGGCAGUGAUGGCCUCUUCAGAUGAUCUUGAAGAAAUAAAUUUUCACCAGCAUGAAGGAAAUUAUCUCCAGCAGCAAAGCUCCUCCUGAAGCUUCAUUUCCAGUAGAACAUGUCAUAAACCUGCUUGUUGCUUUUAAUCCACUGCUUUUAAAGUGUUUUUUAUUAGUGUUGGGCCUUUAUCGGCAUUAAUGCAGUGCGUUAACGCCAGACUCUUAUCGGUCGAUAAAAAAAAUUAUCGGCGUUAAUCUAUUCUCAUAGCCGGGUUGGGUGCUGGGUUUAUACCAAUGAGGACUUUCACCUUGUUAGUUAUCGAGGAUGUAUAUCUGGGGGCGAGAAUAAAUCAGUCUUCCAACCUGUGUAGGCGUACUGUUAAAUCAGCUAUAAAGAUGCCAGUGUUGUGCUGAGAAAUACCUGCCUGUCAAGAAAUACCUCCCCUCUCAUAUAGUGACGAGAAAAAGGAUUGAAAUAUGAAUGAAAAGGGAACUUUUUAACAUAUCUAGAUUAAUCUAGAUUAAUUCCAAGAAUACAGUGAGAUUAAUCUAUAUGAAAAAAAUAAUCUAUGCCUACCAGUAUUUUUUAUACAUAUGUUUUUCUGAUGUUUUGAGUCUGAAGAUCUUAUUUGUCCUUUUUUUUUAUCCAUUUUUCACUGAAGCUUUCUAAGAAUUAAAUUGUGUACUCUUAUCUUGGUGAUUAAACUAUUUCCUUUUUUGUACAUGUCAGAUUCUUGGUAUUGAAUAUUAAGCUGAAGCAUUUCUCUUCUUGAUGUGAUAAAAGAGUUUGUGAUGAUAGAAUCAUAUUGUGUCAUAAACUGAACAGGAAAUGACCUUCAUAGUCUUGGUCUCUCUGUUCCACCUUUAGUAAGUUCUCGGAUGUUCUCUUGUUCUUCUCACCACAGAUGGAAUCUGAUCUUUCCUUGAAUAAAUUAAGC